AUGGCGACGCCGGCGCUGCGGCACAGCGUGACGCUCGCGAUUCCGUGCCCUACAAAAGAGACUGCCGAGAUCUUGCAGCAGGUGAUUGGCGUCGACAAGGAGCUGCGGCCACACGACGUGCAGAAGAGUGUCGAGGUCAGGGAGGAGGAGCAGGGCGCAGUCUUGCACAUGACCAUGCGCGCGACGACGCUGCGGCAUCUCCGGCUUGCACUGAAUGCGUUCCUCGAGGACUCGGCAUUGAUUGUGCGCACCAUGGGUGCAUUCCAAAAGAACGAUACACCCCUGCCUACGAGCGAUGCGCCGCUCGAGCAGGGUGCUGUUGGUCUGGCAGGGUAG